CCAUCGACACAUCAAUUAGUUCUGAUUGAUUUUACCAACGAAAUGACUUGAAAGUAUGCCGCGCCUUCCGUCUCCUCUGUGGUGUGUGCGACUUGUGAGAGACAUCCAGCGCCAGUGGUAAAGUUCGGCCAUUAUUAUAUCAAAAGACCCGCCCAUAUAUGAAGGCGGCAUUUGCGUUUGUGAUGCUUGCCUGAAUCUCUACCUUACGCCCAUGCAUGCAACCAUGUUAAAGAGAUCGGUGCUUCCGAGUAUGGCAGAGCCCGGGCACCUUGCCCAGCUGAGCGCUCUCACGACGACGGUGAUCACCUGCCUGAUUCUCAUCACCCCAACACCAGCCGCCGCGUCGGGCGCGAGCUGCGUCGCGAGCGAGAGGGACGCCCUGGCCGCCUUCAGAGCGAGCCUCCUGGACCCCGCGGGCCGCCUCGCGACAUGGAGCGGGCACAGCUGCUGCCGGUGGCGCGGGGUUCACUGCGACGGCUCGACCGGGCACGUCGUCAAGCUCGACCUGCGCAACGACCUCACCGUCCACAGUGACACCGACUGGAUCUUGUUCUACGAGGUCCGGGUUGACAUCGACAGUAGCUGGGUACACAGCGCGUUGGCCUUGCGAAAUACAGGUGAGAUGAUCUCCUCCUUGGCUGCUCUGCACCAUCUGAGGUACCUAGAUCUGAGCUGGAACAACUUCAACGACUCGAGCAUACCUCUGUUCAUGGCUGACCUGAAGAACCUGAGGUACCUGAACCUCUCAGGGCCGAGCUUUUCGGGGAGAAUUCCUCCACAGCCUGGGAACCUGUCCAAUUUGCAGUAUCUUGAUCUCUCAUAUGGACCUACUCCCUCCGUUUCAAAAUGUUUGACACCGUUAAUCUUUUAACACAUGUUUGACCAUUCGUCUUAUU